AUGUUGCCUACACUAACACAUCUUUUCAAUGAAUUUCGUCAAUGCAUAGACGUGCAUAUUACCAUUUUCCAAGAAAGAUAUUUACGACUUGCUAUGGUGAUUACGAUCAAUGAAUACUGCGCUGUGGACAACUACAGUCGUACGGUUGACUGUGGUUUGACUGACAGUGGAACUUUUUUGAUAGACAGACGCUUGAGAUCAGCAGCAAUUGCACCCCGAGUUUCUGCGUAUUGCGGCUUGAAUUCCGUCACCUGUGAUCUACGCAACCGGGCGUCGACAUUCAGCGUAGACAACGUACAACGUACUACAGCUGCAACACCUUCAGCAGCUAUGAGCACCAAUCAAAUUUACUACAGAUUUUACGUUAAAUAUCCUCAGACAAAUACUUCUAUCCCACAAAAUAUUCUAGCCACCAUUGUCACCGCUGAGGAGCUUGUAGUGGAGUCUCUUUCAAGACUAUCGUUCAGUCUCCAAACGCCACCUGACACUGUACAAAUUAGAGUUUUCAAUCUACAAAUUAAUCAGUUUGAUACAAGCUUAUUUCGCACUAACUUGGCCAGAGCUGCCGAGGAAUUUUGUGGUGUAAGAGAGUCGUUAUGCAACUUCAGUAGCUCCAGCGCCAUUGUCAGCAGUGCCAUCAACAUCAGUCCCGACAAUGUCACGAUAUUGGCUAAUUCACCUUCAACAAUUGGUGAUGGUCUACUUCUGUCAUUCACUUUACAAAAACCAGAUGGUUCAGCAUUGUCACCUGUUAUUCUACGAACAGCUAUAAAAACAUCAAGAACACAAGUCAUAUCUCAAAGUAACUCCAUCAUAUCUCCGCCGCUUGUUAAUCCUCCAUUGUCGGAUGCCCAACGAUCAAACCUUGUGCGACUUAACAUUAACGCUUCAGAUACACCAUUGGACAGGGAGGCAUUACGACUGGAUAUUCAAUAUUCGAUAGCGCUGAGAAUAAAUGAAUUCUGUCGGAAUAAUACCAACUCUAACUUAUGUUCUUCAAACCAAUUCACCAUAAACGAUGUGAUUGUACAAAUCGAAACGAAUGGAAGUGUAAGCUUUGCUGUUUUGUCACCCAGCACAAGCAUGCCACUUAAUUCCAGUGCAAUUCAAAGCGUGACAAAUGGAACAUUCAUGUCUAAUAUUUUCAAUGUGAGCUUAAAUAUGCUUAACAAUGACAAUAAUGUUAUACCUGGUGCAACUAACGACCAAAUUCAAAAUGCAGUCGAAAUAACGCUGCUCGAUGUAUCAGAGUACACUGCGGAAGUGGACUCCCGACUGAAGGAUUCAGUUGCUACAAUUCUAAAUGAUUUUUGCAAAUUAAAUCAACGUCCAAGAAUUUGUGGAGUUUCUGGUUCGUUCAACUCUACACAAGUGAGAAGACUUCCUGGCUUCCCAUCGAUGCAAGGAAACAACGUUACACUAAGGUUUUAUGUUGAUUAUCCAAGCACCCUUCGAAAUGGCACAUUGGAACGAGACAUAUUAGCUUCUAUACUGUUCAUAGAAUUAAAUAGAUUAAAAUCUUUACUGAUGUUCAACAUAACCUUAAACACACCAAGUUCUUUCAAUCCAUCCACUCCUUCUGCGGAACAGCUCGCCAACAGCGUUCUGUUGAGUUUACUAAACACCACGAGUCAGAUUACCAUUUUCCAAGAAAGAUAUUUACGACUUGCUAUGGUGAUUACGAUCAAUGAAUACUGCGCUGUGGACAACUACAGUCGUACGGUUGACUGUGGUUUGACUGACAGUGGUUUAAGUUUCAAUAUGAGUAACGUUAAUAUUGCGUCAACGACCUAUGGACAAUAUGCCAACAUCUCAUUUUAUGUGAACAAUCCGAGAAGCCAGGGACUUCUGUCUGCUCUUACUCUUGCUUCGAUAUUGGUCAUGCGUGAAACAAAUUUUGAGUUACUUCUCGAACAACAAAUUACAAUCCAAACAUCAUUCGCUCCAAUGAAUCCGCCAACUGCUAGCGACGAUCAAAUAAUUAACAGUAUAAUCAUAGAAAUAACCUUCAAUUUAAAUCAGUGGAACUUUUUGAUAGACAGACGCUUGAGAUCAGCAGCAAUUGCACCCCGAGUUUCUGCGUAUUGCGGCUUGAAUUCCGUCACCUGUGAUCUACGCAACCGGGCGUCGACAUUCAGCGUAGACAACGUACAACGUACUACAGCUGCAACACCUUCAGCAGCUAUGAGCACCAAUCAAAUUUACUACAGAUUUUACGUUAAAUAUCCUCAGACAAAUACUUCUAUCCCACAAAAUAUUCUAGCCACCAUUGUCACCGCUGAGGAGCUUGUAGUGGAGUCUCUUUCAAGACUAUCGUUCAGUCUCCAAACGCCACCUGACACUGUACAAAUUAGAGUUUUCAAUCUACAAAUUAAUCAGUUUGAUACAAGCUUAUUUCGCACUAACUUGGCCAGAGCUGCCGAGGAAUUUUGUGGUGUAAGAGAGUCGUUAUGCAACUUCAGUAGCUCCAGCGCCAUUGUCAGCAGUGCCAUCAACAUCAGUCCCGACAAUGUCACGAUAUUGGCUAAUUCACCUUCAACAAUUGGUGAUGGUCUACUUCUGUCAUUCACUUUACAAAAACCAGAUGGUUCAGCAUUGUCACCUGUUAUUCUAAGAACAGCUAUAAAAACAUCAAGAACACAAGUCAUAUCUCAAAGUAACUCCAUCAUAUCUCCGCCGUUUGUUAAUCCUCCAUUGUCGGAUGCCCAACGAUCAAGCCUUGUGCGACUUAACAUUAACGCUUCAGAUACACCAUUGGACAGGGAGGCAUUACGACUGGAUAUUCAAUAUUCGAUAGCGCUGAGAAUAAAUGAAUUCUGUCGGAAUAAUACCAACUCUAACUUAUGUUCUUCAAACCAAUUCACCAUAAACGAUGUGAUUGUACAAAUCGAAACGAAUGGAAGUGUAAGCUUUGCUGUUUUGUCACCCAGCACAAGCAUGCCACUUAAUUCCAGUGCAAUUCAAAGCGUGACAAAUGGAACAUUCAUGUCUAAUAUUUUCAAUGUGAGCUUAAAUAUGCUUAACAAUGACAAUAAUGUUAUACCUGGUGCAACUAACGACCAAAUUCAAAAUGCAGUCGAAAUAACGCUGCUCGAUGUAUCAGAGUACACUGCGGAAGUGGACUCCCGACUGAAGGAUUCAGUUGCUACAAUUCUAAAUGAUUUUUGCAAAUUAAAUCAACGUCCAAGAAUUUGUGGAGUUUCUGGUUCGUUCAACUCUACACAAGUGAGAAGACUUCCUGGCUUCCCAUCGAUGCAAGGAAACAACGUUACACUAAGGUUUUAUGUUGAUUAUCCAAGCACCCUUCGAAAUGGCACAUUGGAACGAGACAUAUUAGCUUCUAUACUGUUCAUAGAAUUAAAUAGAUUAAAAUCUUUACUGAUGUUCAACAUAACCUUAAACACACCAAGUUCUUUCAAUCCAUCCACUCCUUCUGCGGAACAGCUCGCCAACAGCGUUCUGUUGAGUUUACUAAACACCACGAGUCAGAUUACCAUUUUCCAAGAAAGAUAUUUACGACUUGCUAUGGUGAUUACGAUCAAUGAAUACUGCGCUGUGGACAACUACAGUCGUACGGUUGACUGUGGUUUGACUGACAGUGGUUUAAGUUUCAAUAUGAGUAACGUUAAUAUUGCGUCAACGACCUAUGGACAAUAUGCCAACAUCUCAUUUUAUGUGAACAAUCCGAGAAGCCAGGGACUUCUGUCUGCUCUUACUCUUGCUUCGAUAUUGGUCAUGCGUGAAACAAAUUUUGAGUUACUUCUCGAACAACAAAUUACAAUCCAAACAUCAUUCGCUCCAAUGAAUCCGCCAACUGCUAGCGACGAUCAAAUAAUUAACAGUAUAAUCAUAGAAAUAACCUUCAAUUUAAAUCAGUGGAACUUUUUGAUAGACAGACGCUUGAGAUCAGCAGCAAUUGCACCCCGAGUUUCUGCGUAUUGCGGCUUGAAUUCCGUCACCUGUGAUCUACGCAACCGGGCGUCGACAUUCAGCGUAGACAACGUACAACGUACUACAGCUGCAACACCUUCAGCAGCUAUGAGCACCAAUCAAAUUUACUACAGAUUUUACGUUAAAUAUCCUCAGACAAAUACUUCUAUCCCACAAAAUAUUCUAGCCACCAUUGUCACCGCUGAGGAGCUUGUAGUGGAGUCUCUUUCAAGACUAUCGUUCAGUCUCCAAACGCCACCUGACACUGUACAAAUUAGAGUUUUCAAUCUACAAAUUAAUCAGUUUGAUACAAGCUUAUUUCGCACUAACUUGGCCAGAGCUGCCGAGGAAUUUUGUGGUGUAAGAGAGUCGUUAUGCAACUUCAGUAGCUCCAGCGCCAUUGUCAGCAGUGCCAUCAACAUCAGUCCCGACAAUGUCACGAUAUUGGCUAAUUCACCUUCAACAAUUGGUGAUGGUCUACUUCUGUCAUUCACUUUACAAAAACCAGAUGGUUCAGCAUUGUCACCUGUUAUUCUACGAACAGCUAUAAAACAUCAAGAACACAAGUCAUAUCUCAAAGUAACUCCAUCAUAUCUGCCGCUUGUUAAUCCUCCAUUGUCGGAUGCCCAACGAUCAAACCUUGUGCGACUUAACAUUAACGCUUCAGAUACACCAUUGGACAGGGAGAGAAAUCAUCUUAUUGUUAAAGGAGAUGCUUUCAUCUUUGUGCCAGAUUUUUAA